AUGAGUGCUUAUAUGCAUCCCCAUGGUUAUCCACCUCAUGGUGGACAAUCCUUUAGGACUAUUCCACCCCAAGCCUAUGAACAUUACUUCCAUCACCACCCAUAUCCCUAUGUUUACCCACCGCCACCAUACCAUUACACCCCACCUCCAUAUCCAUAUCCUUAUCCUAUCUAUGAACAUCAUCCAUAUGCUACCUCCUAUGUGCAUAAUCGAGAAAGAAUUGAAAUCCCAACAUCCCAAGAGAAAGAGGAGUCAUUGAGCUUUAUCGCGGAGAGUAUCAACAACCGACUAUAUCAAAUGAUGAAGGAGAUUGACCUGAGGUGCGAAUUGGUACCAAAGGUCAUCAUUCCUACAAAAGUUGAACCUCCACCUUGUGAUAAUCCUCAACCAAAGCAACCAAGCUACACCCAUAAGCCAUAUUUGUAUCCCACCUCCUACCCAAACACUUCCUACCGACCUCCACCACAUUUCCAUGAAGGGCAUGAUGCUAUAUAUCACUAUGAAACACCACCUUAUACACCAUACCACACCCUCACCAAUUCCUACGGAAGUCCACCUUGUGAGAAGCUCCCACCGGCCGACGAUGAGAUAAAGAUCUUGAACGAGAAAUUAGGAGUGUUCAUAGAAAUAGCCAAGGAGGAUACAGCCAAACUAAGAGCCGAACUCAAGGGCGAAAUGAAAGAAUAUCUUGUCACCCUCCGAUGGAAGGCCUUCCAUUGA